AUGGGAUCUAACUUGCCGUACGCUGCUGAUGCAGAGAGCCCGUUGAAGCCCGCGGAGCUCCAGGUCUUGCGGUCACAGUACGAAAAAGAGGGAGACUAUGUUGGAAUUCAGACAAAAUUCAACUACGCAUGGGGCCUCAUUAAAUCCAACGCUCGUUCAGACCAGCAGGAAGGUGUCCGCCUUCUCUCAGAAAUCUUCCGUGCUUCUCCCGAACGACGACGCGAAUGCUUGUACUAUCUGGCACUUGGAAACUAUAAGCUAGGAAACUACGGCGAAGCCCGGCGAUACAACGACCUCCUCCUCGAAAAGGAGCCUGCCAACUUGCAAGCAGCCAGCCUGGGAACACUGAUUGAUGACAAGGUCUCCAAGGAGGGUCUGCUGGGUAUUGCGAUUGUGGGUGGUUUGGCUCUUGCCGCCGGUGUUGUGGGAGGCAUCGUCUUCAAGGGAGCCAAGAGACGAUAG